GAAUUGUAUCUUAUUGUCCAAAAUAAAAUUUAGUCAGCUUGACAUGGCAUCGUUUGACUAUUCUCAGUCAUUCAUCGAAUAAACAAUCCUUCCACAUGAAAAAUUCUUCUUGCAUUCGGCAGAUAGCAGUUGUUGAAUGCAAGUAUGUAAAUUUGAUCUCUUCAAGCUGUCUUCCCUGCUCACCUACUACUCCUCUAUUCUAUGAAUUCCAAUCUCAAAAAGAAGAUAUAUGCCACACUGUACCUGUAAUUAAUUCCUACCUCAUCAUCUUAUGACCAAAUCGAAUUGACCAAAUUCCUAGAAUUCGGAUAAUAAAUAGCUCUUUAAUAUCCCAAAAUCCAGAAAAUAGAUCUCCAUCCCAUGAUGAAUUUUAUAUGUAGACUCAACCUUAAAAGAGUUGACAAAAGCAAUAUACUGUGGCGUGUAGCUUUCUCUAAACAAAAAAAGCAUAGCUUCAAGAUAACUAUUUAAUCUUUGUGUCAGUCGAAAUAAUCCUUCUUAAUAAUAUUUCUUUCAUAAGACAGAAAUAUGGUGAAGAAGAAAACAUUAAUCAGAUAAAUUAUUGAAUUUUGUUUUCGGAUUAAUAUUUAACAUAUAUUACUGUCUAUAAUUGUUUUGGAAUAACAGUGAAUGCCGCGUGUUAGUUAGGCGACACAGCAAACUGCACGCCACUUUGAGAAUCUUUCAUCAACCAACAAAACCUACCGCAGAAUCCUUCUCUUCGAAGAAUGAGAUCUCCUUUGUCCGCACGCUUCUUCCUACCCACCAAACCCUCCCCAUCGCGACCUUUCGUCCCUCACACUCCCCGAGAAGAAAGGAAGGAAGGAAGGAAGGAAGAUAUCGCAGCAUCUUCUUCCUCUUCUCUUCUAUCCCCAUGGAGGAGGUGAAGCCGAUCCCUCAUUCGCCAACCAAGAAAUGGUUCUUGGAUUGGCAGCGUGACGGCCACCACGAGAGGGAGAUGUUGCUCGGCGUCGACCUCUCGAAGCGCUCCUCCCUGUGCGCCGGUGACCUCCUCCAGAACUGCGAUCUUCCCCCUCCCCUCAAACUCUUCUCCCCCGUCGAACAAGAUGACAAGAAAGCUGUCCGGUCCUCUGGUGUUCGGUCCGAAGGAUGCUGUGUUGCAGGCAGCGAGGUCGAUCGGUGGGAUGGCGACGAGAACCCGAGCUUGUUGAGAGCUCUGCGGCUGUCGCAGACCCGGGCGAGGGAGGCGGAGAAGAGGGCGUCGCAGGAGCGCAGCAGGAACCAGGACCUGGUCGGGCUGCUCCUGGCCGACUCGCUCAGGCUGUCUGCUUAUAGGCGGUGGGUGGAGCUGCUGGAGGCCGAGGUGUCGGUGUUGCAGAAGAGGAUAUUGCGGCCGGCGCAGGGGGAGGAGCUCGGAGACGAAGGCUCCGACCCGGCCGCCGCCAUGACGUGGUGGUGCACCCUGGCCUUGUCCCUGGGCAUUGUCGGGGUGGGCUUUGCAUUAGGACGAUGCAUGUUCUGAUCGAUGACUCGCACCGUUCGGUGCAGAAUUAGACUGAUUCAGGACGAUGCCUGUACAUUUGAAACCAGUCGAUAGAAGAAGAUACGGUGCAGAGUCGUAUAUGAACGACAUGUUCGCUCCACUCUGUACCUCGUUUAGAACAGAGCAGAUUUCUCCUCUCCCCUUUCUUUUGCAUGACUUGGAUUGAAGCGGAAGGGAACCGAUCAUGAUUGCGGCAGUUCCAUGUAUCAGAAGAGAUUCAAAAGAAAGAUAACAAGGCAAUCAUGACCUCUGUGAAAGAGGAAGAACAAGACAAAUCAACUAGUAGCAAUUUGACUUCGGAUACAGAGCUGGGUGAAGGGAAGAAGGGGUAGCAGGUGGUGGUGCAGACUUGACCACCAAGCUUCUGCUUAGCUUUAGAGACAGGAAACAUGAAAGCUAGACAAAGAAAAAUGGAAGUGGGGCAUCACAAGUGUCUUGAGAGGCAAGUAUUCUUUCCAUGGACUUAGAAAUGGAGGGGAUUGAUUGGAACACUUGAUCGAUCACACAUGAAGUAGAAAUGCUGUGUCCAAGAAGUUUCCUUAUGUAUCAUUCAGAAUGUGAAUCAGCGGUCACAAAUAAGAUUUUUGCUGUGCAUUUGGUGGUUACUAUUCUCAUCAUCUCAAUGUACUUAUUCUCGGGUCCGCACAAUGUUGGACUCUUUUGUAAGCGCUGAGGAUGAUUGGGAUAUCCUCUUACACAACCAAAAGCAACACCUGCUAAAGUUCA